CAGAAACUUUCAGCCAAACUUCGGGCGGCGGCCUGGCUGCGCGGAGUGCAGGGGCGGCGCAGCGGGAGCUCGGGGACUUGGCGAGCCGCGGGGGCAGGGUAGCGCACGCGAGAGCGGGACUCCUGGUCGGGACCCGCUCCCCAUGCGGAUCUGCGCGGGCAGCGGCCACGAAGAUGCCCUCUCUGCGUCCCGUCGCUUUGCGGGCGCUGCUGUGGCUCUGGCUGUGCGGCGCGGGCCCCGCGCGCGCUUUGCAGUGUCGAGGUAGUCAAGAGCCCUGUGUAAAUGAGGGAACCUGUGUCACCUACCACAACGGCACCGGCUACUGCAGAUGUCUGGAGGGGUUCUUGGGAGAAUAUUGUCAACAUCGAGACCCCUGUGAGAAGAACCGCUGUCAAAAUGGUGGCACUUGUGUGACCCAGGCCAUGUUGGGGAAAGCCACCUGCCUAUGUGCUCCAGGGUUCACAGGAGAGGACUGCCAGUACUCGACCUCUCAUCCCUGCUUUGUGUCACCCCCCUGUCAGAAUGGAGGUACCUGCCACAUGCUCAGCCAGGACACCUACGAGUGCACCUGCCAAGUUGGCUUUACAGGGAAGCAGUGCCAGUGGACAGAUGCCUGUCUGUCUCAUCCCUGUGCAAACGGGAGCACCUGUACCUCCGCAGCCAACCAGUUCUCCUGCAUAUGCCCAGCAGGCAUCACAGGGCAGAAGUGUGAAACCGAUAUCAAUGAAUGUGACAUUCCAGGACGCUGCCAACAUGGAGGCACCUGCCUCAACGUUCCUGGUUCCUACCGAUGCCAGUGUCCCCAGGGCUUCACAGGCCAGCACUGUGACAGCCCCUAUGUGCCCUGUGCACCCUCGCCUUGUGUCAACGGAGGCACCUGCCGUCAGACUGGUGACUUCACUUUUGAAUGCAACUGUCUUCCAGGUUUUGAAGGGAGCACCUGCGAGCGGAAUAUCGAUGACUGCCCGAACCACAAAUGUCAGAAUGGAGGGGUUUGUGUGGACGGAGUCAACACUUACAACUGCCGCUGCCCCCCUCAGUGGACAGGGCAAUUCUGCACGGAAGAUGUGGACGAGUGUCUGCUGCAGCCCAAUGCAUGCCAGAAUGGAGGCACCUGCAACAACCGCAAUGGAGGCUACGCCUGCGUGUGCGUGAACGGCUGGAGCGGAGACGACUGCAGCGAGAACAUCGACGACUGCGCCUUCGCUUCCUGCACCCCGGGGUCCACCUGCAUCGACCGCGUGGCCUCCUUUUCCUGCUUGUGUCCAGAGGGAAAGGCAGGUCUCCUUUGUCAUCUGGAUGAUGCCUGCAUUAGCAACCCUUGCCACAAGGGGGCGCUGUGUGACACCAACCCCCUGAACGGGCAGUAUAUUUGCACCUGCCCCCAGGGCUACAAGGGGGCCGAUUGCACAGAAGAUGUGGAUGAGUGUGCCAUGGCCAACAGUAACCCUUGCGAGCACGCAGGGAAGUGUGUGAAUACAGAUGGCGCCUUCCACUGUGAGUGUCUGAAAGGCUACGCAGGGCCUCGCUGUGAGAUGGACAUCAACGAGUGUCAUUCAGACCCCUGCCAGAAUGAUGCUACCUGCCUGGAUAAGAUUGGUGGCUUUACCUGUCUGUGCAUGCCAGGUUUCAAAGGUGUGCAUUGUGAACUGGAAGUCAAUGAAUGCCAGAGCAACCCGUGUGUAAACAACGGGCAGUGUGUGGACAAAGUCAAUCGCUUCCAGUGUCUUUGCCCCCCUGGUUUCACGGGCCCGGUGUGCCAGAUUGACAUUGAUGAUUGCUCUAGUACUCCGUGUCUGAACGGGGCCAAGUGCAUCGAUCAUCCGAAUGGCUACGAGUGCCAGUGUGCCACAGGCUUUACUGGUGUCUUGUGUGAGGAGAAUAUCGACAACUGUGACCCGGAUCCUUGCCACCAUGGCCAGUGCCAGGAUGGGAUUGAUUCCUAUACCUGCAUCUGCAAUCCUGGGUACAUGGGGGCCAUCUGCAGUGACCAAAUUGAUGAGUGUUACAGCAGCCCUUGCUUGAAUGAUGGACGCUGUAUUGACCUGGUGAAUGGCUACCAGUGCAACUGCCAACCGGGUACAUCAGGACUUAAUUGUGAAAUUAAUUUUGAUGACUGUGCCAGCAACCCUUGUGUGCACGGAGCCUGUGUGGACGGGAUCAAUCGCUACAGUUGUGUCUGCUCUCCGGGAUUCACAGGGCAGAGAUGCAACAUUGACAUCGAUGAGUGUGCCUCCAACCCCUGUCGCAAGGGUGCAACGUGCAUCAACGACGUGAAUGGCUUCCGUUGCAUAUGCCCCGAGGGACCCCAUCACCCCAGCUGCUACUUACAGGUGAAUGAGUGCUUGAGCAGCCCCUGCAUCCAUGGAAACUGCACUGGAGGCCUCAGCGGCUAUAAGUGCGUCUGUGAUGCAGGCUGGGUUGGCGUCAACUGCGAAGUGGACAAAAACGAGUGUCUUUCUAACCCGUGCCAGAACGGAGGAACCUGCAACAACCUGGUGAAUGGCUACAGGUGUUCAUGCAAGAAGGGCUUCAAAGGCUACAACUGUCAGGUGAAUAUUAAUGAAUGUGCCUCAAACCCGUGUCUGAACCAAGGAACCUGCUUUGACGACAUUAGUGGCUACACUUGCCACUGUGCUUUGCCUUACACAGGCAAGAAUUGUCAAACAGUGUUGGCUCCCUGCUCUCCAAACCCUUGUGAGAAUGCUGGUGUUUGUAAAGAGGCGCCCAAUUUUGAGAGUUUCACCUGUUUGUGUGCUCCUGGUUGGCAAGGUCAGCGAUGUACUGUGGACAUUGACGAGUGUGUCUCCAAGCCAUGCAUGAACCAUGGCCUCUGCCAUAAUACUCAGGGCAGCUACAUGUGCGAGUGUCUCCCGGGCUUCAGCGGUAUGGACUGUGAGGAGGACAUCAAUGAUUGUCUUGCCAACCCUUGCCAGAACGGAGGCUCCUGUCUGGACGGAGUGAACGCAUUCUCCUGCCUGUGCCUUCCCGGCUUCAUUGGGGAUAAGUGUCAGACAGACAUGAACGAGUGUCUGAGUGAGCCCUGUAAGAACGGGGGGACCUGUUCUGACUACGUCAACAGUUACACCUGCAAGUGUCCUGCGGGAUUCCAUGGUGUCCACUGUGAAAACAACAUUGACGAGUGCACUGAGAGCUCCUGUUUCAAUGGUGGCACGUGUGUUGACGGAAUCAACUCCUUCUCUUGCUUGUGCGCUGUGGGUUUCACUGGUCCCUUCUGCCUCCAUGACAUCAAUGAGUGCAACUCUAACCCGUGCCUGAAUGAGGGCACGUGUGUUGACGGCCUGGGCACCUACCGCUGCACCUGUCCCUUGGGCUACACCGGCAAAAACUGUCAGACCCUGGUGAACCUCUGCAGUCGGUCUCCAUGUAAAAACAAAGGAACUUGUGUUCAGGAAAAGGCGAGGCCCCACUGCCUGUGUCCGCCUGGAUGGGACGGCGCAUACUGUGAUGUGCUCAAUGUGUCCUGUAAGGCGGCAGCCUUGCAGAAAGGAGUACCUGUUGAACACUUGUGCCAGCACUCAGGCGUCUGUAUCAACGCUGGCAAUACCCAUCACUGCCAGUGCCCACUGGGCUACACGGGGAGCUACUGUGAGGAGCAGCUGGACGAGUGUGCAUCCAAUCCAUGCCAGCACGGGGCUACCUGCACUGACUUCAUAGGAGGAUACAGAUGCGAGUGUGUCCCCGGAUACCAGGGUGUCAACUGUGAGUACGAAGUGGAUGAGUGCCAGAACCAGCCGUGCCGGAACGGGGGCACCUGCAUCGACCUUGUGAACCACUUCAAGUGCUCGUGCCCGCCAGGCACGCGGGGCCUUCUUUGUGAAGAGAACAUCGACGACUGUGCCGGGGGCCCCCACUGUCUCAAUGGUGGCCAGUGUGUGGACCGGAUUGGAGGCUACAGUUGCCGCUGUCUACCUGGCUUUGCUGGGGAGCGGUGUGAGGGGGACAUCAACGAAUGCCUGUCCAACCCCUGUAGCUCGGAGGGCAGCCUGGACUGCAUUCAGCUCACCAAUGACUACCUGUGUGUCUGCCGCAGUGCCUUCACUGGCCGUCACUGUGAAACCUUCCUGGAUGUGUGUCCCCAGAAGCCUUGCCUGAACGGAGGGACUUGUGCAGUGGCUAGCAACAUGCCUGACGGCUUCAUCUGUCGGUGUCCCCCAGGGUUCUCUGGGGCAAGAUGCCAGAGCAGCUGUGGACAAGUGAAGUGUCGAAGAGGGGAGCAGUGUGUGCACACUGCCUCCGGGCCCCGCUGCUUCUGCCCUAACCCCAAGGACUGUGACUCAGGUUGUGCCAGUAGCCCCUGUCAGCACGGAGGCACCUGCCAUCCUCAGCGUCAGCCUCCUUAUUACUCCUGCCGCUGUCCACCACCUUUCCGGGGCAGCCACUGUGAGCUCUACACAAUCCCCACCAGCACCCCGCCCGCUACCUGUCUGAGCCAGUACUGCGCCGACAAGGCCCGUGACGGCAUCUGUGAUGAGCCCUGCAACAGCCACGCCUGCCAGUGGGAUGGAGGUGACUGUUCCCUCACGAUGGAGGACCCCUGGGCCAACUGCACCUCCUCCCUCCGCUGCUGGGAAUACAUCAACAACCAGUGUGAUGAACUGUGCAACACCGCAGAGUGCCUGUUUGACAACUUUGAAUGCCAGAGGAAUAGCAAGACCUGCAAGUAUGACAAGUACUGUGCUGACCACUUCAAAGACAACCGCUGUGACCAAGGCUGCAACAAUGAGGAAUGCGGCUGGGAUGGGCUGGACUGCGCUGCGGACCAGCCCGAGAACCUGGCAGAGGGCACCCUGGUCAUCGUGGUGCUCCUGCCCCCUGAACAGCUGCUGCAGGAUUCUCGCAGCUUCUUGAGGGCACUGGGCACCCUGCUCCACACCAACUUACGCAUUAAACGAGACUCUCAGGGUGCGCUCAUGGUGUACCCCUACUAUGGGGACAAGCCAGCUGCCUUGAAGAAGCAGAGGAUGUCACGCAGGUCCCUUCCGGAGGAGCAGGAGCAGGAGAUGAUAGGCUCCAAGGUGUUUCUGGAAAUUGACAACCGCCAGUGUGUCCAAGAUUCAGACCAGUGCUUCAAGAACACGGAUGCAGCAGCUGCUCUCCUGGCCUCUCAUGCCAUCCAAGGGACCUUGUCCUACCCUCUGGUGUCUGUCGUCAGUGAAUUCGAUGCUCCCAGAAACGCCCCACUCCUCUACCUGCUUGCGGUCGCUGUUGUUGUCAUCCUGUUCAUCAUCCUGCUGGGGGUGAUCAUGGCGAAACGAAAGCGCAAGCACGGCUUCCUCUGGCUGCCUGAGGGCUUCACCCUUCGCCGAGACUCCAGCAAUCACAAGCGCCGCGAACCCGUUGGACAGGAUGCUGUGGGGCUGAAAAAUCUCUCGGUGCAAGUGUCAGAGGCUAACCUGAUUGACUCUGGGACAAGUGAACACUGGGUUGAUGAUGAAGGACCCCAGCCAAAGAAAGCCAAGGCUGAAGACGAGGCUUUGCUCUCAGAAGAUGACCCCAUCGAUCGACGCCCAUGGACUCAGCAACACCUUGAAGCUGCAGACAUCCGCCGGACUCCGUCACUGGCACUCACUCCUCCACAGGCAGAGCAGGAGGUGGCUGUGUUGGACGUGAAUGUCCGAGGCCCAGAUGGGUGUACCCCGCUGAUGCUGGCUUCUCUCCGAGGAGGCAGCUCAGAUCUGAGUGAUGAAGACGAAGAUGCUGAGGACUCUUCUGCCAACAUCAUCACAGACCUGGUCUACCAGGGUGCCAGCCUUCAGGCGCAGACAGACCGGACCGGUGAGAUGGCCCUGCACCUUGCAGCCCGUUAUUCUCGGGCUGAUGCUGCCAAACGCCUCCUGGAUGCUGGUGCAGAUGCCAAUGCCCAGGACAACAUGGGCCGCUGCCCUCUUCACGCUGCGGUUGCAGCGGAUGCCCAAGGUGUCUUCCAGAUUCUGAUCCGCAACCGAGUGACUGACCUGGAUGCCAGAAUGAACGACGGUACUACACCCCUGAUCCUGGCCGCCCGCCUGGCUGUAGAAGGGAUGGUGGCUGAGCUGAUCAAUUGCCAAGCAGAUGUGAAUGCAGUGGACGAUCAUGGAAAAUCCGCCCUCCACUGGGCAGCUGCUGUCAAUAACGUGGAGGCCACUCUUCUGCUGUUGAAGAAUGGGGCCAACCGAGACAUGCAGGACAAUAAGGAGGAGACACCUUUGUUUCUUGCUGCCCGGGAGGGAAGUUAUGAAGCAGCCAAAAUCCUGUUAGACCAUUUUGCCAAUCGGGACAUCACAGACCACAUGGACCGCCUUCCCCGGGAUGUGGCUCGGGACCGCAUGCACCAUGAUAUUGUUCGCCUCCUGGACGAGUAUAAUGUGACUCCGAGCCCUCCGGGGACUGUGCUGACAUCUGCUCUGUCCCCUGUCCUCUGUGGGCCCAACAGAUCUUUUCUCAGUCUGAAGCACACCCCAGUGGGUAAGAAGGCCAGACGGCCCAACACCAAAAGUACCAUGCCCACGAGCCUGCCUAACCUCGCCAAGGAGGCCAAGGAUGGCAAGGGGAACAGGAGGAAGAAGUCUCUGAGCGAGAAGGUCCAGCUGUCCGAGAGCUCGGUGACUUUAUCCCCUGUCGAUUCUCUCGAGUCUCCCCACACAUACGUUUCCGACGCCACAUCCUCUCCCAUGAUCACAUCCCCUGGAAUCUUGCAGGCCUCACCCACCCCUCUGCUGGCUGCCGCUGCCCCAGCUGCCCCGGUGCAUGCACAACAUGCACUGUCUUUCUCUAACCUUCAUGAGGUGCAGCCUCUGGCUCCCGGAGCCAGCACCGUGCUUCCCUCGGUCAGCCAGUUGUUGUCCCACCACCACAUCGUGCCCCCAGGCAGUGGCAGUGCAGGAAGCUUGGGCAGGCUGCAUCCAGUUACUGUCCCAGCAGACUGGAUGAACCGUGUGGAGAUGAAUGAGACCCAGUACAACGAAAUGUUUGGCAUGGUCCUGGCUCCUGCUGAGGGAGCCCACCCUGGCAUAGCUCCCCAGAGCAGACCACCAGAGGGGAAGCACAUCUCCACCCAGCGGGAGCCCUUGCCCCCCAUCGUGACUUUCCAGCUCAUCCCGAAAGGCAGCAUUGCCCAAGCAGCUGGAGCUCCCCAGACACAGUCCGCCUGCCCUCCAGCUGUCUCAGGCACCUUGCCCCCUAUGUACCAGAUCCCAGAGAUGGCCCGUUUGCCCAAUGUCGCUUUCCCACCUACCAUGAUGCCCCAGCAGGAGGGACAGGUGGCUCAGACCAUUGUCCCAACCUAUCAUCCAUUCCCGGCCUCCGUGGGGAAGUACCCCACACCCCCUUCCCAGCACAGCUACGCCUCCUCAAAUGCUGCUGAGCGAACCCCCAGUCACGGAGGUCACCUCCAGGGUGAGCAUCCCUACCUGACACCAUCCCCAGAGUCUCCCGACCAGUGGUCAAGCUCUUCCCCCCACUCUGCUUCUGACUGGUCAGAUGUGACCACCAGCCCUACUCCUGGAAGUGGUGGAGGAGGUCAGCGGGGACCUGGAACACACAGGUCUGAGCCACCGCACAACAACAUGCAGGUUUACGCGUGAAGAGCCUGCCUCAGGCGUGGAGACAGAAGUGCCUAUCGUACGUGCUGCUGAGGAACAAAUGAAGGUUAUCCGAAGAGAAAUGAAGAAACCUCUGUAACAGCUUUUGGAGGCAGGAGAGAAGACGCUCCACUUCCCGACAAGCGAGAGAAGCAUUAUUUUCAUCUUCACUGAAUUUCUGUGUGGUUUUAGGGGGAAGACUCUCUCCUACUAAUCUUUGACCAGCAGGCAAGUUCGUGGAGAUGCAAGAUGAACACAAACCUCGAGGCCCACUCUUCUUUUUGGAAAAUGCCGCGGAUGCCUUUUUAUUUAAAGCCCAGACACUCUUGCAGCUUGAACAUCACUUUAAGCCCUGGAGCAUCUGUAUCCGGGAGAAGAUUCUGCUCUAGAAUUGGAUUGGGACUCGUCCCUGGGGUUCUGCCCAGGUCAACCUGUCUUGUCUUCUCAACCCUGGAAAUGACCUUGACUUCUCUUGGUGCUUCCCUCUCUGCACCUGUCCGCGGUUGCUCCCCAUCCGCGUGUAAUAGGCAAGACUUUUGUGCUUUUAAUCAUUCCUGCCCUGGAAAACAAUGGCAGCCUGUUGUUCCCACAUGCCCAGUGCCCCAGCGGAGCUUCUUAGGGUUUCCUCUGGGUAUGGCUCUCGGCCUUGGCCUGUGAAGUAUGCUUCCAUGGCAAAUGCACACGCUGCAGUCUUCAUGUUUCAUUCCAAAAGGAAGGAGAAAGUGAAAUAUCCGGGGGAUAGGACACCCCUUCAGAACCUGCACCUUAAUUCUCUCCCCCACGUGUGGGUGUGGGCCCCAUCUCCACUCACCAGGGGGAAAGGGUAUAAGUUGUUCUUCAGUCUGUUGGCCUAGUCAGUAUAAAAGUGUAUUCUAGGAGACCUGGGUACUACGAUAUUCCCAUUUUGUUGUAAAUCAGGAAAAGCAGGAGAAUGUUGAAAUGACCAAGAGAUAAGCUAACUCGCUCAAGAAGCAAUUGCCCACCUCCAGGCCCUCCAUCGACUGCCACUGUGAAGCACAUUUAUCCUCAAAUCUUAGAGCGCAUUGCUCCAGCAGAUGAAGGUACUUGUGGCUGCCGCACUGCUUCUCACAGAUGCCCUUGCAGUUUAGGACCGAACUCGCCUGAGACUCAGGGGACCCAGUGACUGUCACCUUUCUGACCAGGUUUCUUUCUUUCACGCCGCACUGUGUGUUCUGAGUUAGCGGUGCACACGGUGGGUUCUCAAUAAAGACGGGAUCUGUGUUUACCUUGCGGGAGUGGAGAACGGACAGUCGGCCUCCUGGGCACACAUGAGGAAGCAGCCUCUGCUCGUCUUUACUGUGUUUCCUUCCUUCCCUGGAGUCCCCUUCAGCUGACGAUGGCUGAGACUUGCUUGCUUGUGUUCAGGUUAAGACUGUACCUCAUCCAAACCUGCUUCACGUGCUGUGGUCUCAGCGGCUUCCCGGACUCGAGAGAGCAGAAGCGGUUUUUUGUCAGCUGUAAAACUGGGAUGGUAGUUUUCUCCUCCUCCCCCUCAGGCAGUUCCUACUUGGCCCUGCGGUCACACCAUCACUUCCCCCGGUGCCAUGAUGCCCACGACACAAGGAAAUGAGUUCUGCUGGAGCAUUUGUUUAUAUUAGUAGGUGAAUCACCUGGGGGGGGGUGUUUGUUUUAGGGUUUUUGUUGUUUUAAUAAUAGUCUUUAUUCCUGCAAUAGUUGAAAUAAGUGUCUCCCACACACACACUCAUUCAUCAGUUUGUAAUCCCCUAUAGUAACUCAGUAUCUGUUACCAUGGUAGUCUAUAAACAGGUGGGGACUUUUACUCCCAUUCAAGUUCAUGCAAUCAACAAAAACAAUUUGUUCCAUCCUGGCCUGUGGCAGAUUAAGUUUGGUCAUUCAGUUCUGUUCUCCUGUGGUAGCAUCAUCCUCCCAGCCCACUUUGUUUUAUUGCCCUAAGUGGUAACUGUCUCCCCAAGAACCAUCAGUCAGUCCCAGACUAAGAGAACUCCCCACUCCCCAGCUCUAGUGCCACUGCCUGGGAACACCUCUAAUCCAGCCACGGGGUCUGUGAUACAUUGCUCCUUCCUCAGACACAAUGGAGAACAAACUUGCUGUUUCUCCUUCCAGGAUCUCUCAGAGUGGAUCCUUUGGGUUUAGGAGGAGGGAUGUGAAAGCUGCCAUUACAGACCCCAGGCCGCAGAGAUGAGGACAACACUGCCAGUUAAGCAUCCGGUCCAUGCUGUGGAUGUUAGAACUCUCGACCUGUGUGAUGUCUAGGAAGGGAGAGGGGUGGGUAAUCCUUUCUCAUGGGAUCUGAAUCAGAGGCUAAAUUCGUAUGGGACACAACCCUUAGUCCAUGCAUAGAUCCCUGUUUUGGAUUUAUUUUUAUUUCUAUGAAUUCUUCCUUUCUUUGACUUCCACCUGCCUUUGAGGAUUUUUUUUUUAAUUUGUCCUUUUUUUUGUUUUAAGCAUUGUUUUCUGACUUAUAUGAUGGUGGGGGGAUUGAAGGAAAGAGACUGAGUUAAAGAUUUCAGUAAAAGGCUUCAGCACAAGUCAGUCACAUCACUUGGUUAAUCGUGGACACUUGUAAGCCUUUUGUAGAAAAGAACCAAAGGUAUAACGUCUGUUCGCAUGUGGUUCCAGACUUUAACCAGCGUGUUGAAUGUAUGAGGACUGCUGGGAAGGACACGCGUCUAUGUCCUGAGGCCCCCACCCAUAACUGUUUUGGUACUAUGGCAACCUCCUUUGUACAUUUCCCUGAAAAGUGAAAUUAUAUCUGUUUGUAUGAGAAACUCAGUAACCAGAAAAUGACUGCAUGUUCCUGACUGAACAUAGGAAGGAAAGUGCACACUGUUUUUACUUUUAAGAUUUUUCAUUCUAAAAGUAGUUUACGAUGAAAUUUAUAUGAAACAUUUUUAUCACAAAAUAAAAAAAGUUUCCAU